ACAUGAGGUAUACAGAUUAUUGUAUAGACGUGCUAAGGUAACAGAGGCUCACACGAGCAUUAAUUGAGUCUCCACCUUGAUCCUCCUGAAUCCAGGAAACCUUGGGCCACGAUAUCUCCUUCCGAUUCUCUUAGCCAAAGACUGGGGGUCAAGUCCCAAUUGACGAAGAAAGAAAACCAGACUCUUAAGUUGGAGACCAACACCAAAAAUACGUUUGAGGGUCUGGUCCUUUCGGGAUCAACCCGACAUACAUCACGAACCAUGACGUCCACGGACAAUAACACAAAAUCAGACGGUCUAGACGAUACGUCGUUAUGGACCGAUGACCAGGAAUCAGCGCUCCUCCAAGCCAUUGUCCGCUGGAAACCCGUAGGAAUGCACAGACAUUUCCGCAUGAUCGCCAUUCGGGACCACCUACUCAACCAAGGGGUGAUCAAUCCCGAAGACACCCAUACAUCCAUGGCGGGGAUCUGGCGGAAAUUGAACUCUCUCUACGACCUCGCCAAGCUGGACGAGCGAGAAGAUUCGAUUAUUGACGGUCCUGGAGGCGGUGACGACGGGACUACAAAAAGGCAGUCAUAUUGGCGCGAGUUUGAACUCCCACGUGAAGACUUUGAGGAUUUGAUGUGGCAGAGACGGCUGAAUCCAGAUGCGACGUCGAGUCCCGCCGUCUCCAGGAGGGAGAGCACGGUGGCCGACACAGAUGAGCCACGGUCCUCACCUGUUCCGACCUCAGUCAGAGCUGGGUCGGCGCGAAUUGCGAGCCGAGGAGGCAGACGAGGAGGGAGACUUUCACGCUUGCAGAAUGAGAUUGAAACGGAUCGGUCGAGUCGGAGGACGAGCAAGGCCAACAGUGUUGCUGCGGACGAGGAUCGGGAUCAGAACAUGGAGGAUGCCGAGGAGGGAGAAGGGGAUCAGGAAAGUGAGGCGGACGAAGAUGAUAGCGAGGAACAAGAGGAAGAAGAAGCAGAAGCAGAGAAGAAAGGCGCCGGCACGGGGAAGAAGCCCACCAGACGAGGCGGGCGGAGAGCUAGAGGACGAAGAGGACGGCGAAGAUGAAGAAAAGAAAGAUUCUAAUACAGAAAACCAUCAUAGAUUAUUUCUACUCUGCGACCGAACGGUUCAAUUUCAAAGCUAUGUUCCGGUCAUCUUUCGCUCCGGCCGAGUGCGAUCCUUUUCUGCCGGCCGUGCUCGCUUGAAACAACUAAAUGUGUUCCGACUACCUUCGCGCAGCUUUUUCAACACUACACGCAUAUCUCCCAAUUCUUGUUGC